AUGGUGAAUACAGAAUACUUUUGGAUACAGCAGAAAGUAUUGAAAGUAUAUUGCGACAUGGAAACAGAUGAAGGCAAGAAAAUCAAGAGAAAACAACAAGGUGAAAUUUUCAUUUCUCUUUUCCUCGAUAUAAUUUUUGCUGUACGUCCAAAGAAUUAUUCUUACAUAACUGUUUGAAAAUGAAACAAGUCCAUUUUUCCUCAGGAACCGUUACAUUAUUAAUUAACACAGGGGGGGGGGGGGACGCAAGAUUUUUUCGUGUUGUUUAGGGGAAGAGCGUGCAGUCGAUAAUCUGAUAGAAAACUUAAUUUUAGUAGUCAGUUUAAAUGAUCAUAUAGAUCAAUAUCGAUUUCGGUACAAGUCCGAUUUCCUGGUGAAGAAGCCCCCUAGCAAUACGUGCGCAUGCCAAUGCUCAGUCAAUAAUAUUGCUGAGUAUACUAAUACCUUAGUUAAAUGCAAAUUCUCAAUCCACCUGUCGUUUUAUAUCAAUUGAAUUAUAUCUGUCUUACUUAUUAACGCAUAUAGUAGUUUUAAUAUACAAGUAAAUGUCAGUAUUUUUUGCAUCUAAUGUUGAAGGAUUUUGUAGAUGGAUAUUUCAAGUGUAAACUUUACACAUCUAUUCGAAAUUUGCACCUACAAAAUCCUAUCUCAAACCUGAUAGAGUAGUUUAUAGUACAGGUCGCUAUGGUUUUGGGCAUAAAUAGAAAUCCGUAUGCUCACCUUCUUCACUAUUCUAAAACCCCAAUUCUCACACUGAUUAUUAUUACGUUCCUUAUAACUGGAAAGCGAUCCGCAAAUAUGCUAUACAGGCAAGCUAGCUCUCGCUGCCGGUGCCCUUCAUUACUGCACAAAUUGAUAAAUUACCGAAAUCAUGUGGCUCCUUUUACCCUUUGCCUGAAGAUAAUUCAAUGUUGAGUCCAAACUGUUGAAACUGGAAAAGGGGAUGUUGGUCAGUAAGUUCGGUAGAUCAAAUAAAAUCAGAGUUUUGUCUGGUGAAUGACGUCACAUUUAUUCUGGGCAUGCACCACUGGGUAUCUAUGGGAUCUCGUUGGCAAUGUGAUGAUUAUUUCCAAGCACGUGGUACAGCAUUUUCAACUGGCGACUUCUGGAAAAUUUUUGUUCGCUAGGUUAUACUUAUUCUGAUAUCGAACACCCGAAGUAUUUGCUUUUCUUUUAUGCAUAGGCUCUAUCAUGAGAUCUAUCAGUACUAUUAAACUGUUGUACUUGUCUUGAAAGUCCAUUUGGGGAUAUUCCUUAUUUUUCCAGUGCUACUACAGCAGGAAACCAGAGUACCUGAAAAUAAACUGUGGAGUUUGGAAGAGUAUCAUAUAUGUUAAAACUGAUUUUAUCCUGAUUUCGAAUUGCAAAUCGUAUCAAACCGAAAUUCAAAUUCUAACUGUCCAACUGAAAUCCCAAUCUUGCUAUAUAUCUUUUCAAUUAACGUUACUAAAUACUACAGUUCAAUGUGAAAAUAAGAAUCACAACUAGGAUGAAAAAAGUAAGAAAAAGGAUAAAGGUUGUGGUGGCUACGGUAGUAUGUUUUAGAAGUUAUUUUGUCUAAUUAAAUGCUCAAACCUACUUUUAAUUAAAAUUAGAUAGAGCUUGCUUAUGAGUUAUGAAAUAAUUCGGCACUAUAUGACUAAAAACGUCAGAAGUAGGAUCAUAUAUAUUAAUUUAUAAUAUAUGCUUUAUGACGUUUAAUUGAAGUAAAUUUCUGUAAUCAACUGUUAUUAAAAAAUCUUUACUAUUAUUAAUUUUUGCAGCAAAUGUACACAAACAACUUCUACAUACAUCAAUGACAAUGUACUUAAUACGAACAUAUCUUUGUGACAUUUAUCAUUUUAUGCACGUACGGUCGUUUAAAAAUUAAUUAAGCGACGUUAUGUUUCAUUUUCCGUUAACUGCUUCAGCUAUCUUUAUUUUUACCGCCAUACAUCUUUCGAAAGCAGGCGAACAUUAUGAAGAACAAUCUUUUCAUUUUGUUGGAAAAGGUAUGUCGUCUAGUACGUGUAGACUGUACAACUAUACUUGAGAAUGCCGCUUGCUUCCGCUUGCAUAUAUUUGAUACAAAAGCGAACAUUUUCUCUCGAAUUUAUCUGAUAGCCUGAAGAAUUAAAUGCUUUGAAAUAUUCUGUUAAACGUAUACAGCUAAUUCAAAAAAGGUUGUCCUUUGCUUUGUACUCUAAACCUUGAACCUUAAACUGUAAGCGCGCAAAGCUUAAUGGGAGCACGAGUUUCAAGCUUUAGUAGUUGAAUAUAUAUUGCAGCUAUUUGUGAAUGAACUAUUCUCGUGAGGAGAUAUUUACCAUCUGAUGUCUCUAUAAAGAAAUUGGCCCAUAUAUGAUUUCUAAAUUGAAUCAGAUUAAAUGAUGCUCCAUUAUGCUUUACACGCUUGGAGUUUAAGGUUUAAUAAUUAAGGUUUAUUAAGGUUUAGAGUGGUUUGCAAAGACAACCUUUUUACACAGCAUUUUUUCAAUUUAACUGAGAACCUGAAUCCGUGAAAAUAUACAUGGGAAUCAUGAGCUUUUAAAAUACGUUUAAUUAUAUGUUACUAAUUUCAUUAUAUGUUACCUAAAUCUAAAAGUUCUUAAUUUAGAUAUAGAUAUUAAUGCUUGGAUAUGUUUAGUUACAUAGUCAUAGAGCUAAACAUUUGUGUUUUGCUUCACACAGGUCUCUCUUUAAGCAGAGUAAUUGCAAGACAUACAACCGAGUCCUGGUUAGGUUGUGGUCAGCGUUGUAUUCGUGAGAGAUCAUGCGUAGGAUUUAACUUUAACGACCGUUUGAUGAAUAAGACAGACAGACAGAACUGUGAAUUAACUGAUGAACGUGAAAGACCUGAACCUAAUACGAGUAAACAACUAAACAAGGAUUCAAAUUGGAAAUACUAUCAAGGAUUUGAAAGAGACUUUGUUGAGAGUAAAAUUGUGAGUGCGUUUGUAAGCAUGCAUGCAUGCAUGCAAGCUUUCAUUCUCUGCGACUGGAUCUCAAACUCAUCGUUGAGCUCUUUCCCAAUGGCAAUGCACGUUUCACGCAAAGAAGAGUAAAUUUACAAUUUGACUGUAACAAUUGCAGAAGGUCUCACAACCAUUAAUUAAGUUGCCUCCUAUAUAGUUAUAACGAUCAAAUGACAGAUGACCAUGUUCUUGAGAAUUGUUAAAUUGAACCACCUCAGGCUUAACCGCCGUGUUUAUAUUUGCAUGACAAAAUUACGAAUUUUAUUCACCCAUGCUAUCCAUAACGCACUGUAUAGUUCUUUCACUUGAAAGUUCGUUCCGAACUUGCCAAUUACGUUUCCAAGAAAUACAAACCUUCUCGGUAGCCCACUGGAGCAAGAAAUUUCCAUUGUAUUGUUAAUUUCAACUUGAACUAUGAACAUUUGUUUACAAUAAUUCAAACACUGAAAUGUACUUCCAAACUUUGUUGCGAAGUUCACGCCCAAUUUUUGAACUUGGAAACGUAAUUGGCAAGUUUGCAACGGUUGAAAAGUGAUUUGAAAUUGAAAUCGACAAUAAUUCUUAACACUCACUGCGUUCAUUUCCAAAUAUUUAUAUCGGAAUUUUAUUCGAUGAAGCUCCUAAAAUUGUGAAAAGAAAAGAAAAGAAAACGUUAGCACGUCUGUUGAACCGCCAUGUUGAAUAUAAUUUGCUCCCAACCCCACUCCUGAUUUAUUAUUGUACUUUGUACUGGAGAACUGGAGUACAAUCAAUAAAAUAAUUGUUCUCCUCUCAGCCAAGCAAAAUUCAGUGAUUUUGUCAUGCAAAUUGCAAAUAAUAAAUUUAAAAACAUUACUUAUAAUAAAUUCAGAAAACCUGUUUUUCAUGCCAUCAUAUAAUCAUCAUUUUCCGCCUUUAAUUACCUGACAUGGUACCGAUAUAAUUCAGAAAUUAAUAAUCGUCAAAUUUUAACAACUAUAUAAAUAAUUCAAAUAGACGGGUAUUCUUUGUAAAAUAAGAUUUCUUCAUGGUAAUCAAAGUUAUAAUGCUUGACAAUGCUGUUUUUUCUGUAAAUUCACAGCUGGGAAGUUAUGCUCUACCAGGAAAAUCGUGCGCGGACAUUUUACAAAACGUUGGGGAUACGAAAAACUUGCCAAAUGGUGAAUAUUGGAUCAAAGUUGAUACGGCAGGACCAAUGAAGGUAUACUGCGACAUGAAAACAAAAAAAGGUAGGUUAAACACGAUAUUACACAACAUAAUUCCUUUCCAUAUUUUGUAAUUAAGUAAAUACAAUACAAUUACGAACAGCUGACUUGUAGUUGCCUAGAGACGUUUACCUGUUUGCUCACCCUUUGAAACAUUUUGCGAAAACACUAGUUUCUCAAGAGUGUGCUCUUUGUCGAGAAAAAGUAUUUUCUGGUUAUCUCACCUUCCCAGGAAACAGUUUUUAACAAGGUUUCCUAACCACGAGUAAUUUCCCAAUCCUGAAUUAUGCUAUGUUUAGUCCAAUCCUUUCUUGUUUACAUAGAAGAAGAAUAGGCACUAAUACGUCAAUACUAUGAUACUUAUUUAACAUAUCGCCAUAUCGGUACACUGUUCUCGCUCUUUUGUUCAGGAGGCUGGACCCUAGUGUACAACCUUGUUCUUCAAACUUCGAACCCUUUUUCUUUUGCUUUGGAAAAGAACUGGAAAUCGAUCAGCAACUAUACUACAGGCAAACUUGUUCUCACUGCUGAUGCUCUUGGAGAUUUGAUGAGAAAAAUGCCAUUCCAGCAACUAAGAUUUCAUUGUUUCAAGAAAAACCCAGGACGAACCUUUCAUGUUGUUACAAAUAAAAACACACUGGGUCGUAACGUUGUGAAAUACUUCACUGCACAGACUGACGUCGUUCCAAACUCUUGCCAUUCGUUCCAUCCCGUGUUUGAUGAUAAUUCAGAGUUGAGUCCAAAUUGUUCAAAAUGGAAGAGAGGAAGUGCACAUUGGUCUCGUGUCAAUGACCGUGACACACGUUUGAUUGAUCAUAUUGCAUAUAUUUCUGCAACUAGUCACUGGUUUAUUCAAGGAUUAAAGCGUUGGGAAUGCGAUGACCAUGCAAGAAAUUUUUCACCAGGCGACUUUUGGAAGAUUUUUGUGCGCUAG